AUGUUCUGUAUAUCGAGAAAUGCCCUUCGUUCAGCUAUAGGCUCUGCUCCAUUUCACACUUCUCGAGCACUGAAUGCCGAACUAAAAGCCUCUAUCAAACUCAUUGCGGAAAUCCGAAAAAUAACAGACAACCAGACUUCAUUUACAAAGGCCAAAGAAGCCUUGCUUGCCACGAACAAUGAUCUAAACUCAGCUCUUGAAUGGCUCGAAAAGGAUAACAUCACCAGCGGCGCCAAGAAAGCUGCCAAGGUCGCGAGUCGAAUCGCAAACGACGGCCUUGUCGGCAUCUUUGUUCUAGCCGACGGUGGAUCUCAAUCUGGAAGCUCUGAUCUAAUCACACCCGUACGAGCGGCGAUGGUCGAAGUCAACUGCGAAACCGAUUUCGUCGCCCGAAACGAGAUCUUCUCCAAGCUCGUCGCCGAUAUCGCACAUACAACCGCCUAUCUGGCUGAAACGCCCUCUGAAUCUCAAGCACUGUCUAAACCGGGGCUCAUCUCUCCCUUUCCGAUAGAAGUCCUUGCGGAUGCACCCCUUGUCCGUGCGCCCACUGAUUCUGCCGUUCCUCCCGACCCUUCGACUACCAUUUCAUCGGCCAUUCAAGAUGCGACCUCCAAACUCGGAGAAAAGAUCUCACUUCGUCGCGCAUGUUCAUUCGUCGGCCCUGCUCUCCCUCCUAGCUCCAAUAUCGGCCUCCGGGCGGGCUCUUACCUCCACCUCUCAGGGAACCAAUCCCAAACAGGCAAAAUUGGAGCACUCGUAGCGCUAGCUCUCAAAUCCAACCGUUUGCCCAAAUUCAUCACAACGAGAGAUGCAGACACACGAGCAUUGGCCAGAGCACUGGCGAGGCAAAUCGUUGGGUUGGGCGCAGACCGAGUUGGCGAUGCAAGCCUUUCGCAAACCGGAGGAGACGCUUCUUCGACGGCGCUUUACGAACAGCCAUUCAUGAUGCAGCCAGGUGGCGGAACGGACGAAUCAGUCCGGACCGCACUGAAUUCGUGGGCUCGCGAGAAGGGCUUGGCAUCGGGUGGACAAGACAACGAGGGAGUGGAAGUAAUCGAGUUUGUCAAGUGGACAGCUGGAGAGGGUAUUGAGAAACAAGAGCCCGAAGGAGGAUUUGCAGAGGAAGUUCGGAGGUUGUCGAGCUGA